AUGGGAAAGUGGAACCAUCGAUCCAGAUUCAGCCGUCGCAGAUCUCCGUCGCGAUGGUAUAGCGAACGACCUUCUUCUUCCGGUUAUGGUGGAGACGAUGGGAUUCCUAUAUGGGAGAAGAAAUUCUGUGAGGUGAUUGGUUCAGUGCCAUGGCAAAAAGUAGUUGAAGCUAGUACUUUCAAGAGCUGGUACCAAGGUAAUGUAACCACUUGGAAUGACUCUGCCUGUGAAGAGACUUUUCGUAACGAGAAAAAGCGGUUUUGGUCACAAGUCAAUGGCGUUCACUGUGAUGUUUCUCUUCCUGAUCCGAAUCUUUACAUCAGUGAAGUUGAUUGGGAUACUUAUAUUGACCCUGAACUGAUUAGGGAUUUAGAAAAGGCUUACUUUGCUCCUCCUGAUGAUGUAAAUACCGGUUUUAAACGAGGGCGUCGAGACAAGGAUUGGAAUAGAUUUAACCCAGUGCCUGUUGAAGAGAGUUUGUUGGGGAAGAAAUCGAAUGGUUGGGACGUAUCAGAGAGUAAUACUGAUCAUCCGAAAGAUAGGGGGUGGACUUUGGAAGCUAAGCCUGGUUGUGGAAACGAGAAGGCGAAUGAUACAACAACUUCUGGGGAUUGCUUGACGACUGAGGGAUGGAGGGAGAUCCAGUGUAAAACCAAAGAAAGAGGUAAUGACAGUUGGGGUAACUCGGGCCAGGGAAACGACGGAUGGGAUAAGUCAGGGCACCAAAAUAAGAAAGCAAAAGGCUUUGAAAGUGUCCCAGCCGAAGAGUAUGAAAUGGUCGAUAAUCCUUGGGAAGCCAAGCCUAGUGGUAGAAAUGAGACAGAAAAAGACACCAUUUGGGGAAGUUGCUCUGGUAAGGGAUGGGAGGAUAGAGGUUGGGGUAAUAAUGAUUGUUGGGGUGAUGGUGGAUGGGAAAACCGGAAUUCGGGAAAUCAAGUUAGAGAGACGAAGGAUUGGCGUAGUAAGGGAUAUAGGCAGGAUUUUCAGGAGCCGAAGGGUUCUAAUCCAUGGAAAGUUGGCUUUGUUCCUGAAAAUGCAGGUUUUAGAGGUUAUGGGGCAAAUGCAAGCGGUUGGCAAACACAUCGAGCAAGUGAGACGAAUCGAAGAAAUUGGGAUAUGAAACGAUCGAGUGAUGGUUGGGGUAGGCGAAAUCAGGAAAGAGAUUACUCAUGUGGCUACAAUUCUAACUACCAAAACUCAAGGCCUAGAAGAGAUGAUCAUCAGAACAGGAAGGUCAAUUUCUCAGCUAAGUAG